ACGAUAUGAAGCCACAGAUGAAACUCAGGUGGCGUUCCUUAUCAGUGUCUGAGGAUCCCAUUGAUCCUAGACAGUUUGAUCCACCUAAGUUCCACCGAUCAGUCUCGGCAAGUGAUGACACCACAGACCUGACAACUAGGGGGAUACAUGUCACUGAACUGAUACAGUUACGCAAAGUCAGGUUUCAGGAUGCAAUAUCUGAAGAGGAGGAAGAAUAUAAGAAGAAAAAAUCCACAAGGAUAAAUCCUUUAGGCGAGGUUGUGAGAAUCACCCCCUCGCGGCGAUCAGUUCCCCGGAAUUUAAGCAUGGAAGGACAAAGGCACCUGUGCAGUGUGACAAAUUUACGGUUUCGGCAGAGACGGCGUGGGAGUGCAUCAUCAGCAAAAUCUGGUGAUGCUUCUGAACCUGAGAACGAAAUGUGUUCAUCUGAGGAAGAGAGUAUACAGGACUACAAACCUGUCACAUUUUUUACGGAGGACGAUGAACCACAAACAUUUCAUGUGAGGUAUCCCCAUGUGUUAAAAGGUCCAUUGGAUGUGAACGAGGAUGGAUUGGAAAAUCUGCAUUCGCAGUCUCUCAUGGAAGCAGUAACUGAGGAAGAGGAGGUGGAAAUUCCAACAGGACUACACAGAGUCCUCUCAGUCACUAUUGGUGGUUUAAACAGGGUGCUUACUAGGCUACAGCUACAUAGACACAGUAUUGCUGCUCCACCUCCAGACCCUCUUCAAAUCCUACAUCAUGGAGAUCUCAUGUCAGAUUUAUCACACAGUGGAAAUGUUCCUGACAGCGAAGGUUACCGCAGCCACCUCAGAAGAUUCUCUACUCAGAGCGAUGAUUCUUUGGCCAGUCAGGAGACACGUACAACAGAAUUAAAUCGUUCUUCUAGCAUGGACUCUGAUACGUUUGUGGAUUUUACUGUCCGACCUGCAAAAGAGGAACGCAAACUGUCUUUGAUACAUCGAGCUACUUCGUGUAUUUUUGAUGAGUAUUAUAAACCUUGGUGGAAGAGACAUCGUCCUACAGGGAAGUGGGCUGUAGCCUUCUGCCUAUCCUUAUCUUGGUUGUUGGUAUUUUUGACUUUCUUACUGUAUGCAGUAUUAACUUACACCCCACCUCCAAAGUUGGACUGGUGGCAAACCACUGUGAUAUACCAAAUAUAUCCAAGGAGUUUUCAAGACUAUAAUCAUGAUGGCAUUGGGGAUCUUCGGGGGAUUGAGGAGCGUUUAGAUUACUUUAAAACCAUUGGCGUGGACACAAUCUGGUUGAGUCCCAUAUACGAUAGUCCCAUGAGAGAUUUUGGUUACGAUGUCACAAACUACACCAAAGUGUGGCCGACCUUUGGAACCAUGUCGGACUUUGAACAUCUGGUGAACGAGGCCCAUGACAAAGGCCUGUAUGUGAUUCUAGACUACAUCCCUAACCACUCCUCCAAUGAGACAGAAUGGUUUAUCAGAAGUCGCCAUGCCAAGGACUCGUCUGAUAUCUACAGCUACUACUACGUGUGGAAGGACUGUGGGGAAAAUGGCAGCUGGGUGCCUACAAACUGGAGAAGUUUGUUUGGGAAGUCUGCCUGGGAGUGGGAUCCUGUGCGCAAACAGUGCUAUCUUCACCAGUUUCUGCCCUCUCAGCCAGACUUUGACUUCAGGAACCCUCUAGUCAUUGAAGAGAUGGAGGAAGUGUUAAAAUUCUGGAUGGAGAAGGGAGUUGAUGGGUUUCGCGUGGACUCUAUUAAGUUUCUCUUUGAGGACUAUUUGUAUAGGAAUGAGAGCAUUGACAACCCAGACUUGGACCCAGAUAGGUACGAAUAUCUUAAACACAACCUGACAGCAUCUCUGCAAGAGUUAUACUACAUUGUGGCUAGAUGGCGCCACUUGCUCAAUGAAUGGGGAAAACUUCAUGGGAGAAAAAUAGUCCUAAUUGGUGAGGCGUAUGGUGAAACAGAAGAAGUAAUGCGACUCCAUGGAGAGUACACUUGUGAAGGGACAGAUUACCCAUUCAACUUCAACCUCAUCUUCCUGAACAGAACCUGUGGAGGCAACUGUGUGUAUAAGCUUGUAGAUGACUGGAUGGGGAAAAUGAAGAAGAAUUUCUGGGCAAACUGGGUGUUAGGUAACCAUGACAACCCCAGAAUAGCCACCAAGAUGGGCCCACAGUUUGUGAAUGCACUGAACAUGCUGUUGCUGCUACUUCCUGGGACUCCCACUACUUACUAUGGAGAAGAACUUGGCAUGGAAAAUAUAGACCAGCCUCAACCCAUCAGAGACCCCUUUGGGCUGAUGUUUAAUGACACAUCUCGUGAUCCAGAACGUUCCCCCAUGCAGUGGAGUCGUGGACGCCAUGCUGGGUACAGCAAUGGUUCCGAGGCUUGGCUUCCAGUUCAUCCAAACUACAAGACUGGCUAUACUGUAGAAGACCAGUUAAAGGACCCAGAAUCCCACCUUAGUGUCUACAUGUCACUAGUCAGACUACGUCAGGAAUACGCUUUCCUCUAUGGCAACUUCCACUAUGCCAUCAUUGAUGAUAAAAUCUUCUCCUUUGUAAGAGAAUGGCCAGGAAGUGUGGGACAACCAGUUUACCUUAUUGCCAUCAAUUUUGGCAAUGAGACUUGCCUGACCGACUUCACACUCUCUGCCAGGUUUCAUGUCCCCAAGAAAGGCUACGUCAUCGAAAACACCAGGCAGAAUAUUUCAGAGAAACUGGCCAUCGGAAAGAAGAUAAAGUUAAACCAAGUGGAAUUGGAGCCAGGCCAGGGUAUUGUUGUGCAGUGGUAUGUUUGGAGAUCCAGACUGGAUGCUUUUAUGGACUACAUAAUCGGGAUAUUCUAUAAGAAACCAAAGAAGAAAACGGCUUUUUAUCAAAAUUACAAAAAGGAGCCAAUCGCUACUGAUUUGAAUAACCCAUUAAAGGUUAAAAAGCAUGCGGAAAACAUGCUCCAUCAAGCUCAGGAGGCUAAGAAUGCACUUAAUACCAUGGUAGAUAUCAUUGGUCAAAAUAAGGCAGAUAGAAAACAUGACAGCAUAGGUUAUGUCCCAGUUAGCUCAAAUUCUACAAGCUACAAAACAAAAAAAGAGCAGUCUAGUAGUAUAGAGGCACAGGGUCAGGAAAGGGCAGUCCAUAAGAACAAUAUUCAGGUUUCUGAUAAAACUAGCCACUCCAGGAAUGCAUUGGAUGUGAAAGGUUAUCAACACUCAGAUGACUCCAUGCGUGGUCAUAAGAUGACCUAUAGAGUAUCAAUGAAGGACACAGGCCAGUUAGACAACAAGGACAAGGGUCAUGAAAGUAAGGCUAGUGGAACCGAAGAUUCUGAUAAAGUUCUCAAAACGAGAGCUGUAGAAAAACAAAGGUCGAAAAGAAAUAUUGCUUUAGGUAACCAUGACAACCCCAGAAUAGCCACCAAGAUGGGCCCACAGUUUGUGAAUGCACUGAACAUGCUGUUGCUGCUACUUCCUGGGACUCCCACUACUUACUAUGGAGAAGAACUUGGCAUGGAAAAUAUAGACCAGCCUCAACCCAUCAGAGACCCCUUUGGGCUGAUGUUUAAUGACACAUCUCGUGAUCCAGAACGUUCCCCCAUGCAGUGGAGUCGUGGACGCCAUGCUGGGUACAGCAAUGGUUCCGAGGCUUGGCUUCCAGUUCAUCCAAACUACAAGACUGGCUAUACUGUAGAAGACCAGUUAAAGGACCCAGAAUCCCACCUCAGUGUCUACAUGUCACUUGUCAGACUGCGUCAGGAGUACGCUUUCCUCUAUGGCAACUUCCACUAUGCCAUCAUUGAUGAUAAAAUCUUCUCCUUUGUAAGAGAAUGGCCAGGAAGUGUGGGACAACCAGUUUACCUUAUUGCCAUCAAUUUUGGCAACGAGACUUGCCUGACUGACUUCACACUCUCUGCCAGGUUUCAUGUCCCCAAGAAAGGCUACGUCAUCGAAAACACCAGGCAGAAUAUUUCAGAGAAACUGGCCAUCGGAAAGAAGAUAAAGUUAAACCAAGUGGAAUUGGAGCCAGGCCAGGGUAUUGUUGUGCAGUGGUAUGUUUGGAGAUCCAGACUGGAUGCUUUUAUGGACUACAUAAUCGGGAUAUUCUAUAAGAAACCAAAGAAGAAAAUGGCUUUUUAUCAAAAUUACAAAAAGGAGCCAAUCGCUACUGAUUUGAAUAACCCAUUAAAGGUUAAAAAGCAUGCAGAAAACAUGCUCCAUCAAGCUCAGGAGGCUAAGAAUGCACUUAAUACCAUGGUAGAUAUCAUUGGUCAAAAUAAGGCAGAUAGAAAACAUGACAGCAUAGGUUAUGUCCCAGUUAGCUCAAAUUUUACAAGCUACAAAACGAAAAAAGAGCAGUCUAGUAGUAUAGAGGCACAGGGUCAGAAAAGGGCAGUCCAUAAGAACAAUAUUCAGGUUUCUGAUAAAACUAGCCACUCCAGGAAUGCAUUGGAUGUGAAAGGUUAUCAACACUCAGAUGACUCCAACAAGGACAAGGGUCGUGAAAGUAAGGCCAGUGGAACUCAAGAUUCUGAUAAAAUUCUCAAAAUGAGAGCUGUAGAAAAACAAAGGUCGAAAAGAAAUAUUGCUUGA